CUGCUCCCGGGCGGGGCCUGGGCUUCCGUUUCCUCUGCGCCCCGGGGCCUGGGAAAUCCCGGGCAUCUUGCAAAAUGAGCCCCUUGUGACGUAGAGUGGAGCCGGGGGGUCGGGGCCGGGCGGGGACCGGGUCCCCGCGUCCCCCGGCAGGCGGGCGGGAUGGGUCUGUGCGAGUCCACGCUGCCCCAGAUGGGCAGAGCUCUGAGGCCGCAGGAGAAGGAUGUCCUGAAGUCCCCCCUGAUCAUCUUCGUGGUGGGCGGCCCUGGCUGUGGGAAAGGCACCCAGUGCAGAAACAUGGCCAGCAAGUACGGCUUCUGCCACGUGGGGCUGGGCCAGCUGCUGCGGGAGGAGGCUCAGAGGAGGACCCCGCGGGGCCACCAGAUCCGGGACAUCAUGCAGCAGGGACGCCUGGUGCCCACGGGUCUCAUUCUGGACAUGAUCAGUGACAACCUGCUGUCGCGUCCGGAGAGCCGCGGCUUCCUCAUCGAUGGCUUCCCCAGAGAGCUGGAACAGGCCAAAGAGUUUGAGCGGAUUGUGGGCAGGGCCCCCAACAUAGUCAUGGGGUUUGACUGCUCCAUGGAAACAAUGGUGCGGAGAGUCCUGCGCCGUGGACAGGUGGAGCACCGGGCGGAUGAUUCGGAGCCAGCCAUCCGCAAGCGUCUGGAGACACACUACACCCUGUGUGAGCCUGUCCUGACCUUCUACCAGCAAAAGAACCUUCUGCGGAAUAUCUUGGCUGAAGAAGCCCCCGAGAGCAUUUUUGCCAAGUGCUGCUCAGUCAUUGACAGUCUGCAGUGAGGGGCCGAUGUCCGGCCUCCCCCAUUGCCCACAGCACACAGGACCCAGGCCUGUGAGCACAACCUGUGCACUGAAAAGGAGGUUAGGAAAACGCGCCUGCAACUGCCUCCUAAAGACGAAGACAAAAUCCCCGCAAGAAGCUGUUCACCUCCAGACCCCAUCACCAGGGUUAUGUUCACAACAUCUCACAGGUCAUCUGCUUCAGAAGCCUACUGAAGGGUGGGAGAAAGACAGACGGCAGCCAGCAAGACACGGGGAGGUUUUGUUACCAUUUAUUUGUGAAGUUAAAAACGAGCGAUAAAAAGUAAAAACUGCCAUACAAUUUUUUUUUGUUUUGUUCUCAUUUUUUUCUGUUUAUCUCAUCUUUAACAGAUGACAACGUACCAGGCCAGUCCUGGGGUUGGGGUGGGUAUAGGGUGGAGCCAGGGAAGAGCAGGGGGGAGAGAGAGAAAGGGGAAAGAGGGGGAGAGAGAGAGAUGGGCAGGGCAGGAGGGGCCUGCGACACCCACACCUGGUCCAAGGAAUGUUCCAACUCUAACUAAAAAAACGAAAAAAAGAGAUAGCAAGAGUGACUUUCUUUCCUUUUAAAAAGUUUAUUUAAAAACAAGAAUAGGGCCCCGGGCAGUAGGGAGGAAGUGAACCGCUUCCCUCAGAGGGUGGGCUCAGAGGCGGGGAUAGAGAUUUAUAUAUUUCUAUAUAUAUAUCACUUUAUAGGUUUGUUCUGCUCUUUGUGAUUUAAUUUUUAAACUUUUUUGUUUUUUUGGCAGAGGUUAAAUUCUCGCUAUUUUCUAAGGCUGGCUCAACAUGAAGGAUCCCGAUUUUGGAAAGAAAAAGAUGUGAGACACACAGAAUGAGAGGGACUGCCUCAGCAUGAGGGGACCCUCCACCUCGGCAUGAGGGGACCCUCCACCCCAGGCGGCCGUUGCUCUCUCACCAAACCAAUCAAAUAUAGAAACCAAUAAAAGAAGCCCCCAAAUGGAACAAAAAUGGAGGGAAAAUAUGUUCACAGAUGAAGUUCAUAUCCAUUUGCUUCAAUUGCCUGCGGAGAGGGAGAGACAGGGACAGUCAUGGCAGGGGGCGGCUGGGCUGCAAGAGGCUGCCACUCAGGCAGCGGGCCAGGAGGCCGGGCCCAAGCCUGCACGGGCCAGGCAGGGGCUGUGACUGUCUGUCCUGGGGACUCCGCUGAAGUCAGACUGCUCCUUGGUGGAGGAGAAGCAGGAGGAGGAGGAGGGAGAGGAGAAGGGGGUCUGCAGCAGAAGAAGCCAGAGGCAUGGAAGGGGCGCACAGGAAGAAGUGCCGGGGGGGGGGAGGCAGGGAGGGAGGAGGCGGCGGGCGGCUCGGCGGCGGCGUCACAACAUUCAGAUCACGGUGUCCCCACAACACCCCUGUGAGGUAGGUUGGAAGGUGGCAACGAUCGUCAUGCCCACUUCACAGACAAGACCAGGACACAGAGGCAAGUGCACAAGAGGUGGCCUCGCCGGGCAGGGAGGGCCCAGUCCCCUCAGUGGGCUCCCCUCCAUCCCAGCAGAGCCAGGGCCGCCUGCAACACGCAGUUACUUGGACAUGGGGGAUAAAGAUGGUGGUUUUAAAAAAAUAAAAGAAUAAAAAAGAACAAAACCCAAAA